AUCACAGAAGUCAAACUUACUCUUCAUCACACUAUAAAGAAGAUCUAGCACACUCUUCUCGCUAUGUAUAUCUCUAAGAUCGCGGCGCUUGCGCUUCUUGCGCCUUGCACGCUCGUCUCCGCCGCCCCGUCCUUUAAAAACCACGGAACACUAGAUGGAUGGGAUGGAACCAACCACGAACACAAAGGAACCGUAACUCAGGUCGACAACGUGUCUUACAACUCAGGCUCGUCGAUCAAAGUGGUUCAGAUAUACGAUCCUGGCUACACCGGCAGAUACCACUCGGAAGUCUACAAGAAAGACGUCUACAAAGUCGGCGACGAGGGGUUCUACGGCUUCGCCUUCAGGCUGCACUCAACCUGGGACACCUCGUCCAAGCAAUCCUACAACAUCGCGCAGUUCAUCAGCAACCUGGAGGACAACCCCGACAACACGUGCGGGGACGGCUUCAUCCCCUCGAUGAUGAUGUGGGUCGAGGGCGACGAGCUGAAGAUCCGCAGCAAGGGCGGCAACAUGUGCGACAGCACCCUGAAGAAGUUCUCCGUCGGCACGAUCAAGCCGGGGUCUUGGCACCGCGUCGUCCUCCAGGCCAAGUGGGAAAGCGACAGCUCGGGCUACUACAAGGUGUGGUUCGACGGGAAGCAGGCGCUUGAGAAAUCCGGCCUCGUCACUACGUACAGGGACGCGCAGAAGAAGUAUGGCUUCCAGUUCCGCACCGGGUUGUAUGCUAAUAGCUGGCACGACGACAAGCGCAUGGAUGGCAACCAGGGCACUCGACAACUGUGGAUCGAUGAGGUUGCCAUCGGAGACAAGUAUGAGGAUGUGGACCCCGGUGUUCAGCAGUAAUCUUGUGGCAACUGUGUGUUGUUUCGGAUGAUGGCCUUUUUAUAAAAUGUUUGAUGAUUUGUAAAGUCUUUGGUAUUUAGUUAGAACGUUAUAAAAGCCAUUGUCUUUCUUGAUGUCUCGAAGUUGUUUAAUGAUCAAAUUUUGGAUUUUUAUUUGUAGGUUUAAGAAGAGUUGAGUGCACGCAUAAUAUCCGGGGUAUAAUUGAAAUUAGCCAAUAGGAGUUGUCUUUCGGAGGAAAAUAGGGAAUAUUCUGUUAAGUAAUCUCAUACAAUAGUACAGACCACGGUCCACGAAUAGAUCUACCCAAGUCAAAGUUAAAAAAGAUUAUUACUGGACACCUGACGUAUGUGACAUGUUUAGGUUAGGAGGUAUGAAAGGGGUAAAGGGUAAAUACCUCCUAUGUUUCUCC